AAAUUUCAGUCGCUGCGCUCAAGUCGCCGUCGUUGGUUCGUUACUUUCGAAAAUCGCUAACAAAUCGCUACAACAAAAGAUUUCAAAAACAAAAAAUUUACAAGAAAUAAUGUAAUAAUAAAAAUGAAGAAAAUUUGAAACGAGAAAAUUUAAAAAUGUAUAAGAAAAGUUUAAGGCAGUGAAAACAAAACAAACGAAAAAAGUAGAAAAAAAAUAAAUAAAAUUUUUUAAUUUUUUUCCAUCUUUAAAAGAUAUCAAUGCUAAAAGCGUGGGCGGCAAGAGAGAGCGUGUAGAGUGUGUUUGUGUGUUGGCAAAAAUAUUUCUAUAACAUCCAAAAUAAGCAUUGCAAGACACACCAAAUACGAAAAGGAAAGGGAAAAAAGCAUGCCUAUAAGCAAGUGGAAAAGUAGUUAACUGCAACAAAUACAAAAGUAAAAACAAAAUAGUGAAAAAGUAAAUUGUCCGCGUAUUGAAGGUGAAAAAGCUGGAAAUUUCUCGUUAGUGCAGCGUUUUUGUCAUUUCACCUGUUCAAAAUGGGACACAGUGCGGCCGACACUACACCAGCCAGUCCGGCGGCGACAAAUAUGGCCGUUGCCACAAUAACGCCGAUUACUGCGAAAAGCAAGGAGGCCACCGAGGAAACACAAAAGAAACCGACACUAAGUUGGCGCGAGAAAUUACAGAAGGUCAUAAAUAAUAUCACCGUUGAACCCAUCUUAGCUGCGUAUAUUAUGCCGAGUGUGUUGUCCGGUUUAGCGACACAAAAUUUGAAUUUGGAAAAGGCGUGUCGUGUUAAUAUGGAUUAUGGUGAAGUGGUGUGUGACGCGUUGACACGUAGAGAUACAGCAAAUUACACAAUCGAGGAGGAGACCGUGCAACAGAUGGUCGCACGCAUGGCCGCCUGGAAAACUGUGAUACAAUCGAUGUUUCCCUGUCUGCUCAUCUUGUUUUGGGGUUCGUGGAGUGAUCGUCAUCAUCGCCGAAAACCUUGUAUACUCAUACCAAUCAUUGGUGAAUUUCUGGGCACUGUCGGUCUCAUACUUUGCGUGUACUUUGAACGUACACCCAUGGAGGUGGCCGCUUUAACGGAAGCCAUAUUUCCAUCGUUAAGUGGUGGCUGGUUUACGAUGCUUAUGGGUGUCUUCAGUUAUAUAGCGGAUAUUACUACAGAAGAGGAACGCACUCUACGUAUUGGCAUAUUGAAUGUGUGCUUUUCGGUGGGCGUACCCAUUGGCAUGGCGUUUAGUGGUGUGUUGUUGAAAAAAAUCGGUUUCUAUGGCGUUUUCUCCAUAUCAGCCAGUCUCUACUUGUUUUCCUUCCUCUAUGGUCUCUUCUUCCUUAGCGAGCCGCGAGCCAAGCCCGAGAAGAGUGUGCCAAAAACGGAACGUAAGAGUUUAUUGGCGGACUUCUUCGAUAAAGAUCACGUAGUGGAGACAUUCCGCGUGGCAUUUAAGAGAGGCGAAAAUCAGCGACGUCAACGUGUUAUAAUGUUAAUGAUUGUGGUGAUGGUUGUUAUUGGACCAAUGCAUGGUGAAAUGGCGGUGACAUAUCUCUUUACGCGUUAUCGCUUCAACUGGAGCGAGGUGGAGUUCAGCGUGUUCUCAACCUAUGCAAUGGUUACCGGCCUUGUGGGUGUGCUCUUCUGCGUGGGCAUUCUCUCGCACAAGCUGAAGAUCGAUGAUGCGCUUGUUGGCGUCAUUUCCAGCAUGUCCAAGAUACUUUCCGGUUUCGUGUACGCCUUCGCUACUGUGCCCUGGCAUAUGUAUGUUGGCGGUAUUGUUGAGAUCUUUAACGGCACUGCAUUCAUUGCGAUGCGUUCGAUUGCCACCAAAUUGGUUUGUAAGGAUGAAUUGGGUAAAGUGAAUUCGUUAUUCGGCGUUGCUGAAGCGCUAAUGCCCAUGGUCUUUGCACCCAUGUAUACCACGCUGUAUGCGGCUACUUUGAAAGUUUUGCCUGGCGCCUUUUAUUUGUUGGGUGGAGCGCUGACCGCACCUGCAGUGCUGAUAUUCCUUUGGAUGUACAACUUCCAAUGUAAGCAGCGGCGCAAGCAAAUCGCGCAAGCCUGCGAUAACGAAGCGGGCAUUGGUGGCGCCACAAAAGUCGAUUGUCUGGACGCAAAGGACGCAAAUGGUAAUAUCAAUGCGAUUGAAGCGAUAGCGUUAGCGGGUGAAGCGAAGGGUCAGCUAAAUGGUAUUCUAACCAAUGUGAUACAUGAGAAUCUGGAACAGGCUGAACAUGCAGCGGAGUGUGUGCAACGUGAAGCUGAGGCUCAUGCGGCUGCUUCAGCGCAGGCUCAGGCGUUAACAAGCGGCACGGACAAUAAGGCAUAUGAAGGUGAUGAGAGCGAGUUGAGAGAGCGUCAACAGACGAAAGUGUAACACGCUCACAUGUCUUAAUCGGCGGCUUGGAAAACUGUGAGGGUGUUUCCAGUAUACUCUGGUAGCGUGUGAUGUAUUAUUUUUUCAUAUUGACAGAUUUGUAAAGUUAUGUAUAUGUAUGUAAUUAUGUAAUUGUAAAAAAGUGAAAUAUAUGUAAACAUAAUAUUUUUUAUUAGUUUUUAAGUAAUUUAAGUCGAACACUAUGUAUUCUACUAUUGUAAUAAAAGACACUAAGUAUUUUUUGUUUAUAAAAAUGUG